AUCGUAGCAAAAACUUGUUGCUCAUUACUAGAACACAUAACUGUUUGUAUCCACUUAUACCAUAUAAAAAUCGACAUCUCCUUAUCUAUGCCCAAAUCUGUUGUUCCCAUCGAAUCCAACCCGGAGAUCUUCACGGCGUUGGCGCACAAGCUCGGGGUCUCGCCCUUACUCGAAUUCCAUGACGUCUUUUCGAUCUCAGAGUCUGAUCUUUUGGCGAUGAUUCCAAACCCAGCCUACGCACUCGUGCUUCUUUUCCCGUUGACCGUCGAUUACGAGGCCCAGCGCAAGGAGCAAGACGCCCAGCGCCCCACAUAUGCCAACGAAAACCUCUCGGUGCGGUGGGUCAAACAGACCAUUAAAAACGGCUGUGGCUUCUACGCAUUGCUCCACGCCGCCCUUAACCUCCCAGAUUCGUUAGUGCUUUACAACUCCCAGGUCCAGAGCUUGAAGAAGGCGAGCGUCAGUGGCCGCGGCCCGUUAUCGGUGGCGGAGGUUUCCGAGUUGGUGGAACGCAUGGAAUCCAAGGCGUAUGACGAUCUGGCUCAGCAGGGAAGUACUGCGGCCCCCGAUGCGGACGAAGACGUUCUGUUUCACUUUCUGUGCUUCGUAAAGGGCCGCGAUGGCCACAUUUAUGAGUUAGACGGACGGAGAAACGGACCGGUCGAUUUGGGCGAAUUUGAGGGCGAAUCUGCCGAUAUUGUUAGUCAGGAAAAGGUCAGAGGCAAGAUCCAGUAUUAUAUGGAUAAUGCGGACGAGGCAAACAAGCACAACUUUUCCAUCAUGGCCUUGGCUCCGGGAUACGACUAGCAUAACCCCCUACAAUAUUUUAGUGGAUAGUUUAGCUUAUGUGAUGCAUAUCCCUUUGUUCAUGGCUUUUGGAUACUAGAAUGUGUUCUGAUAAUACUUCUUAACAAGUAGGUUGUCAGCUGUGCUGUAAAUAUUCAUUUUCUGUAAUAUCGAUAUUUGUUCCAUUAAGCCUCAGCAAGAAAGUUUCAAGGUACCAUUGUGGGGUUAAACCGUUUCUUUUUGCUGAAUAGAUAUCAAUGUGCAAGUGAGAGUUGUGUUAAUGUCUUUGUGCUUUGGCCCCCACUUUUUUUUGGACCGAGAUUGUGGUUUCCUCGUGACUACUUAAUCGUUGCUUCAU